AAAAAGAUAAAAUCGAACCGGCCAGGUGGAAACGGGAACCGCUCACAAGCCACAGCUGAUUGGACAAACAACGCUUUAGCCAAUGGACUGUCACUCAAGCCAUAGGGGGCGUGGCAUGUGUCUGUCCAAUCAGGAGCCCCGGUCGGUCGGAUGCGUGGUGUUACGCAAGCUCCGGUUUUGGACGCCCUCUCUCACUGGGGGCCACUUCAGGGUCGGCCGUCACGUGCCCUUCGCUGGAGCUGGUGGCUCUGCUGCAGUCUCAGUGGCGCAGUGACCUGCCCUGAUGGUGGGAGUCUUUAGAAGGAACUCAGACAAACCCAAGAAACCUGGAAAUGGACUCAGUAGUCUUUGAGGAUGUGGCUGUGAACUUCACCCUGGAAGAGUGGGCUUUACUGGCUCCUUCGGAGAAGAAACUCUACAGAUAUGUGAUGCAGGAAACCUUCAGGAAUCUGGCCUCAAUAGGGAAAACAUGGGAAGAUCAUGAUAUUGAAGAUCAGCACAAAAACCAAGGGAGUAAACUAAGAAGCCACAUGGUUGAGGCAUUCUGUGCAAAUAAAGAGAGUAGUCCAUGUGGAAGAAACUUGAGUCUUAUUCCAAGUCUAAGUCUGAAGAAGAAAGCUACUGGAGUGAAACCACAUGAAUGCAGUGCAUGUGGAGAAGUAUUCAUGCAUCAUUCAUCCCUUAAUAGACACAUGAGAUGUCACACGGAACCUAAACCAUAUGAGUAUCAGAAAUAUGGAGAGAAGCCAUAUAAAUGUAAGAUAUGUGGGAAAGCAUUCCGCUAUCUCCAGUGUUUUAAAAAACAUGAAAGAAACCACAAUGGAGAGAAAAUUUAUAAAUGUGAGGAAUGUGAGAAAGUCUUCAUUUGUUUCAGUUCCCUUCACGUGCAUGGAAGAAGUCACACUGAAGAGAAACACCAUCAGUGUAAACAAUUUGGAAGAGUCUAUAGGUAUCAAAGACAUGGCAGAACUGGCACAGUAGAGAAAUUUUAUGAAUGUAAGCAAUGUGGUAGGGCCUAUAUUUCCCUUCGAGGUUUAAAAAUACAUGAAAGAAAUCACACUGGAGAAAAACCCUAUCAAUGUAACUUAUGUGGUAAAACUUUCAGUUCUCAUCUGGGUUUCAAAAUACAUGAAAGAAAUCACAGUGGAGAGAAACCGUAUGAAUGUAAAAAAUGUACCAAAGCAUUCAGUUGCCCCAGUUCUCUUCGAAGACAUGAAAGAAUUCAUACUGGGGAGAAACCCUAUCAGUGUAAGGCAUGCGGCAAAGUCUACAGAUAUCAUAGUUCCUUACAAACACAUGAAAGGACCCACACAGGAGAGAAACCCUAUGAAUGUAAGGCAUGUGGGAAAGCCUUUACUUCUCUUUCAAGCUUCCGAGCACACACAAUCACUCACACUGGAGAAGGACCUUAUAAAUGUAAGGAGUGUGAGAAAACAUUCCUUUCUCCCAGUUCAUUUCAAAUACAUGAAAGGAGUCAUACUGGAGAGAAACCCUAUGAAUGUAAACAGUGUGGUAAAGCUUUCAGUUAUUUCUAUUCCUUACAAUCACACAGAAGAACUCACACUGGAGAAAAACCUUAUAAAUGUAAAAUAUGUGGCAAAGGCUUCAGUUGUUCCAGUUAUGUUCAAGUACAUGAGAGAAUUCAUACUGGAGAGAAACCCUUUGAAUGUAAUGAAUGUGGGAAAGCCUUCAUUUGUCACACAAAUUUUCAGAGACAUGUGAGACUGCAUACUGGAGAGAAACCAUAUAGAUGUGAAGAAUGUGGGAAAGCCUUUAGUUGUCCCAGUUCCUUCCGAAAGCAUAAAAGGAGCCACUGGAUAAAUAAUCUUGAAGGUAAACAGCAUCAGAAAAGACUUGAGCUGGCUCCAUCCUUACAUGUUAAAACUUUCAUGGAAAAGAAAUAAAAGCAUAGGUAACAUUGGAAAGCUUGAUGGAAAUUAAAGUUAGAGAAAACUUUCGAUGUGAAAGAAUUAUGAAAGUUUAAAUAUAUUUUGUUUGCUAAGCCUUUCUAAAGUGCAUCAUUGGACUGUAGGUUUUUACAAAUUAUGUUUAUUAGUAUUACUUUUUGUUGAAGUAUAGUUGCUGUACAAUGUUAUAUAAGUCACGGUUGUACUAUAUGGUGAGUCACAAUUUUUAAAGGUUAUACUCCAUUUGUAGUUGCUGUAAGAUAUUGGCUGUAUUCCUAUUAUACCAUAUAUCCUUGUAGCUUGUUUGAUGUUUGAUACCUAUCUACCAUUUACUUUAAAAAAUGAGAACUGAGGUGAGGUAAUUCAUUGAUUUGCCUUUUAACAAUAAUACAUAAAAUUAACAGGUAGGUCUUUUUGGUUAAAUGAGUUAAUGAUAUUGAAAUGUAUUUUUUUGGGGGGUGGUGCCAAUGGCACUUAAAAGUUCCUGGGCCAGGGAUCAAGCGCAAGCCAUAUCAGUGACAAUACUGGAACCUUGACCCAGUAGGCCAGCAGGGCACUUUAUAGUGUAUUUCUAAUAGGAGUUAGGUUUAACUUUGUUUUUCUCUUUUCUUUUUGUUUUUCUUUUCAGGACUGCACCCAUCACAUGUGGAAGUUCCCAGGCUAGGGAUUGACUCAGAACUGUAGCUGCUGGUCUACACCAUAGCCAUAGCAAUACCAGAUCCAGGCUACAUCUGCAGCCUAUGCCAUAGCUUUUGACAACACUGGAUCCUUAACCCACCGAGUGAGGCCAGGGAUCAGACCUGCAUCCUUAUGGAUGCUAUUUGGGUUCUUAACCUGCAGAGCCACAACAAGAACUGCUAAUUUUUUUUUUCUUUUUAUGGCCAAACCUGUGGCAUAUGGAAGUUUCUGGAUCGGGGUCGAAUAAAAGCCAUAGCUGAGGCCUACACCACAGCUAUGGCAACACUGAAUCCAAGCCGCAUCUGCAGUCUACACCACAGCUUGUAGCAAUGUCAGAUCCUCAAUCCACUGAGCAAGGCCAAGGAUCAAACCUGUAUAAUUACAGAGACAAUGUCGGGUCCUUAAGCUGAUGAGCCACAACAGGAACUCCAGGUGUAAUUUUUCUUAAUAACAUUUUAUUCUGUGUUAAGUGGACAUUGAAAAAUGACAAUGUAGUAUUUCUUGGGAUUUUCCUAGUGGCCUUGUGAAGGUUCCUUGAUGUCUUUAGUUUAUUAUAUAUAUUCUACCUUUCUUACUGACAGAGCUCCUUUUUUGAAGGGUGACAGGUAGAGAGCCUUUUUCCAUUUUCCAUACUAGCAAAUAGUUGAAUAAAUAUAUGUAUGUUUAUCAAAGAAUAUAUUUUCCCGUGCAUUAUUAUUUUCAUAUUUGAGCCUUUGCUUUAUGUCUUUCUUUCUGAUUAUAAUUUGAUGAAUAGACUUUGAAUUAGGAAGGAGGAAAGUUGAGGAAAGAAACCCAAAUACAAAGAUCUCAAUGAUAAUGCUUUAUUCUUGGUCACAAAAGAAAAACUUUGAAACUACCCCAUGGUUACUAGCAGUAAAAUCAAUAAUUGAAAAUUGUAAAGACUCAGAAGGGAAAAACAGAACAAUAGAGGUGAAUGCAUGGUUUCUGUUCAUUCUCUCUCUCUCUCUCUCUUUUUUUUUUUUUUUUUUUUUUGGACUUUUCAGUGCCACACCCACAGCAUAUGGAGGUUCCUAGGCCAGGGGUCAAACUAAAGCUGCAGCCACCAGCCUUCACCACAGCCAGAGCAAUGUCAGAUCCAAGCCAUGUCUGCAGCCCACAGCACAGCUCAUGGCAAUGCUGGAUCUUUAACCCACUGAGUGAGGCUGGGGAUUGAACCCACAUCCUCAUGAACGCCAGUCAGAUUUGUUUCCACUGAGCCACGACAGGAACUCCCUCAUUUUUAGAACAAAAAAUGCUGAACAAGCUAGAAGUUCACGUAUCUUCUUAGACCCAUGAGAUAAUUGAGGUUAUAUGUGAAACUAGUGCCUCCCCCCCAGAUGAGGGUUUGUUGAGGUACAGGGAAUUACUGAAAGCAGAAGCCACUGAAGCCAGCAACUUCUAGAACACAUAAAGUAUAAUAGAAGAAUUGCUGGAUACACAGUAUAAACUAGCUUGAGAGUUAAAAGCUCUAAGGGAAGCCAGUCUUCCAAAACCCCAAAAAUGUUAAAUUUUCUUCCACAAUCCCAAAUGGGUUCUCACUGUGAAGAUAGGAAAAAAUUGCCUCAUGUUCUAUGCAGGAAAUGGGAGGUAGUUCCCAUUGUGGCUCAGUGGGUUAUGAACUGGACUGGUAUACAUGAGGAUGCAAGUUUGAUCUCUGGCCUCAUUCAGUGGGUUAAGGAGCUGGCAUCACUAUGGCUGUGGUGUAGGCUGGCAGCUGCAGCUCUGAUUCGACCCCUAGCCUGGGAACUUCGAUAUGCCACAGGCACAGCCCUAAAAAGCAAAAAAAAAAAAACAAAAAUACCACCAAUAGUGCACGGGAGCACUUUGAUAUACACACAAAGCAUUCUGUUCUCUGUACCUUAGGAUAUCCCUCAAGGAAAACUAAUUUUCCAAAGCCUUAUGUGAUUGAAGAAAGAACAGUCAGACAACUCCCUUUGCUUUUUGAUCUGACAAGAGUAAAAGCCAAGAACCUCUUCUGACAUACAUAAUCCACGGAGUCUGUCCCACUAAAACACAGCAGAUUUAAUCCUAAUAUAAGAGAAUAUUUUCCCACCACACACUUGACUGCCCUAUCAACAGGACUCCAGUGUGUAAACAGUGGAUUAAAACAACUGCAAGGAGUUCCCAUUGUAGCUCAGUGGCAGCAAACCUGACUAUUAUACAUGAGGAUGCAGGUUCGAUUCCUGACCUUGCUCACUGGGUUAAGGAUCCAGCAUUGCAGUGAGCUGUGGUGGGUCACAGACAAGGCUCAGAUAUGGUGUGGCUGUGGCUGUGGUGUAGGCCAGCAGCUGCAGCUCUGAUUCAACCACUACCUUGGAAUUCCAUAUCCUGUGGGUGUGGCCCAAAAAGCAAAAAACAAACAAACAAAAAAAACCCUGCAAGACACAGACUCUACCUGCAAAUGAUUUCUAGGGAUAGCCAAACACAGCAAUGGAGAAAGAUAAAAGAACACUGGAGGAUAUUGAAGCCCCUGACACUCACCACUAUAGCAAAUAUUAAACACAGUCUAUUUCUUAGGGAAACAUGAGGAGUUCUGUGGUGCAGAAGGUUGAGGAUCCAGUGUUGUCAUUGCAGCGGCUUAAGCCGUUUCUGUGGUGUAGUUUCCAUCCCUGGCCUGGGAAUCUUGACCUGCCAUGGGCCAGGCAAAAAAAAA